CUUUUCUUCUCUCUCAUUUUCCUAUUGCCUGCCGCCUUUCCUGCCGUCGCCGCCGGUGUAAAGGGCCGGAUGGAAGGGACGAUGCCGUUGGCUUCUAAAAGCGUCGAUCCAACAUUGGAGCCAAGAAAUUUUUACUUCGGAGCAGUGAGUGCGUUCUGUUAUCUUGAUGAUUUUCGGCUCCGAUCAGGCGCCCUCACACAUCGAGUCGAUGCUCAAGGCUCAGAUUGAAGCUUCCGUGGUGCUGACCUAUGCCUGGAGGACGGAUCUGGCACUGUUGAGUGCUAGAUUGGGCUCAAAGAGAACACCAAAACACUAGGGUUUCGUAGCGCCGAUUGGUUUUCCGAGGUGCCAGUGGAGCCAAGAUCCAAGUGGCCACCUUCAUUUAUCUCGGAAUCUUAGACUCUUUCGAUCUCUCGAUCUCACAUCUUCCUCUCUGCACAUGACGUUCACAUUAGGUGGAGGAUCAUAUGUUUUAUCAUAUUCCAAGCAUUCUUAUCACAUCAAAAGAUUACUCAGAAAUUGCCACAAGGUGCUACUUGGCGGUUAAACACACUCAUUUCAUGCCAGAUCCAUGCAUGUUUAUUCUUCAUGGAUGAGUUGGGUUUCAAGACAUGCUAAUUCUACCUCUGGCUGACAGGUUAUCAACGGAACUGUUUCCUCAAAAAUUCUAUAGUGGCCUCGCACAUGUGAAAUUUGGGUGUAGGCGUGCCACUUACUUUGCUGAAAGUAAGAAAGGAAGACUUUCUCAACGAUCCUCUCCUUCCUCAUGGUCUUGAUGAUUUGAAGGCAGAAGUACGAGAUCCUCUAGAGGAGGUAAAUUUGGGUACUGAGGCAGAUUCGAAAAUUACUUUUAUUAGCGGUUGCAAGCAGUGACUUUACUGGUGGAGUAAAUCGCUCAAGGGGAAUUCUGCCAGUAGAACUUACCGUUAGAAAUAGAACUCUCAUGUGUGUGAAUGUUGGAUUAAAAUGAAAUUUGCGCCUUCAAAUGAUUUGCAAAAGGAGGAAAUACCUUUUUGCAAAUUGGGUUACGAAAUCUGCAUUGGACAAUUCCAAAGACCUUACUCAAUCAUGGGCAGUUUCUCGAAGUAAUGGGACAUCUCACCUUUUGAUCUGGUAUAAUCUUCUUACAGAUUUCGUCUUUUAUCAAAUAAAACCCUAUUUUUAACUGCAAUCUUCUCUUAUUUUUUAGUUCCCAUUAUCCUUUUCUGUCUCAAGAAGAUUAUUAUUUUAUAAAAAAUUAUCUUUACCUUUGCCAGCUUCUUUCUUUCAUUUUUUUUUUUUUUUUACUUUUCCAGAUGCAUUCUAACCAAAUUCAGCAACCCAUUUCCUUCAUUUUUCACAAUGUACUGCUGGUUGAUUUCGUUCAAACAUGACAAUGUGCAAUUUCAACCAAUAAAGAGACAAGGAGAUACAUAGAAGAAAAAUCAACAAAAGUUGUUUUGCCAACUACUCCAUUCUUCUCUCAUGUUCUUGAUUUCUUCAGCGGCUUCAUCUGCAAAGGCUGUGAAAGAAGGUAGUUGAUCCUUGAUUUUAGAAGCAGAUUUUGAAUCAAGAACAUGAGAGAAGAAUGGAGUACUUGGCAAAACAACUUUUGUUGAUUUUUUUUCUAUGUAUUUCUUUGUCUCUUUGUUGGUUGAAAUUGCACAUUGUCAUGUUUAAACUUAUUGUUUGCGGUCACUUGUAUUCAGAUUUCACACGUGCGAGACCACUAGAGAAUUUUUGAAGAAAGAAGAGCUGAAUGGUGGGUAAUUGAAUCUUUUCCUAAUUUCUCUCCAUGGCUUUUUUAAGUUUUUAUUAAGAAUCAAUAAUACAGAGUUUAAUGAGCAAUAUUUUAAAAUUUCUAUCAGGUUAAACUGCAAGCCUCAUUAACACUUUGCCAAUGGGAUUAAAAAUGCCAUUUUUUAGCAGUAUUAUUUCUUAACAAUGUUAAUGUGCAAAGUCAAAUUCUCUUUUUCUCAAAAAAUGGAUGUGAAGUUCUGAUUCGUAAACUAGCAUAAUUAGAAAGAGUUAGAUUACUGUAUAUAUAUAUAUAUAUAUAUAUUUGAAGGGCAAGUGUUAGAUCACUGUUGAGUUUCUGUUGUGGUUUUCUGUCCUUGAAUUUGUCCUGGUGUGCGGCAUAUAUUGUAUUUUUGC